GUCAGUAGUUGCAGGAAAGUUAUGCCGUCUUAAGCUUCGUAUUGUGUGCGUAAAUGAACGGUACAACACCAUGUCUGAACGACUCACAAAGCCAUGCUUUGAAAAAGAAAAGAAAGGAGAGAAAGAAAAGAGAGAGGAACUAAAGGGCGACAGUAUGUCAGCCAGUAUUUCAAGAGAAAAGGCAGUGGAGGGGACAGGGCUGGCCUUCAUUGUGUACAGUGAGGCCAUUAAGAACAUGCCGUUACCCCAGCUGUGGUCAGUGCUGUACUUCUUCAUGCUGCUGCUGUUGGGGAUGGGCAGCAUGUUGGGCAACGUCACCGCCAUCAUCACCCCGCUGCGAGACUUCAAGCUCGUGUCUCACCUGAGCGACGAGCUGUUCAACGGUAAGAUCCAGGCCAAUGGGACAGGUGGAAGACUUUCAUAA